UUAAAACACGUAAAUUGCAAGAUCUAGAUAUUCAUUAAGGUGUGUUGGGCUGCAAAUCUGCUUUAGAUAUUCACUAUUGCACUGAUAUAUCCCCCUAAAAAAAGCAUGAUCUUUCUUUCCAAGACUUUGUAAAUGAAACAACCACAAUGACUUAUGUUCUGUUCAACUACAGAGCAUUUGAAGAUGGGGAUAGUCAGGAGCAGUUUCUCCUGUUUGCUGGGAACUGGCUGCGGUAUCCACAUUGCCCAGAUUUUCAAUGUUCCGGAUAUCAAGAAGCUAGUGAAUACACGGCCGUUUGUGGCCAAGCACAUUGAGGAAACUUACAAGAAGCCAAAGCAGAAAGAUGAAUGUUCUAUAUGUGCCGGCCAAUGUAGGCAUGCAGAUAGCUACGGGGAAGUAAAGUUGCCUCGAGGCACUGAAGAAACCAAGAAAUCAAACUUCAAAAAAAAAAAAGAAAUUUUCAUCCCUUUGUCACUUCCAACUUGCAAAAAUUACCUAGCUGAAUGA